AUGACUGAUACUUCAAAAGGAAAGAGCCCAAAAGAGAUAUUUAAACAUUUGCGGGAUAUAGGUUGUUGCAAACUAUGUUGCUUACGAUAUCUAGGUGAACGCUCCCAGUACGCCUAUCAAAAUCCAGAUGAAGCGCUUCAAAUGAAAUCUCUCGUUGAUGAAGUUGAAGACACAGAGAACCCAACAAAACUGAAGAAAGACAAUGUCUGUACUGCAUGCUUGGGUUUACUUCAAGAAAAUUUUAGAGAAACCUUCAUUGAAAAGAUUAUUACAGAUGUAAACACAGCUGAUUAUGACUGCAGAGAAUUCUCAUGUGCGCUGUCAAUGCCCGUCAGCUUUUGCCUCCGAACUCACUCAUUCAAUUUACAUAUUGAUGAAGUAUUUCCUAGUGAAACUGAUGAGCCAGCUGAAGCAAAGUUUAUGUCUGUCAAAGAAGUUUGGAAAUGGAUUGCUUCUCCUCUGAUAGCAAAGGGAAUUUCCAAAUCGUUUAAUCCCAACAAAGACUGUGACUUCUCAAUCACAAUUAGUAUUGGGUAUGAGGAUGAUGAGAAAGAAUGCAAUUGUUUAAUGGAUAUGCACAAAGAAAUUUAUGAAAUGAGAAAAAAACAGAAAAGGAAGUUCAAGGACUGUGUACUAUCUCGCAAGUCUGUGGAAUCUUUGCUGCUCUCAACGGAUCCCAGCCACUUCAAAAAGUUUUAUCCUUCCCCUCCUAAUAUACCAAACACCUCUUUCACUUGUUCCGCUGUGGCCCCCUUACAUAAUUCACUGUUCAUUGCUGGCCGAUACAACAAGUACUCACGUACAUUGAGCCAGACUCCUUGGAUUAUUGAUGGUAAAAGGCUUAUGGAGACCUCAGUACAGGAACUCCUAUGUAAUCCAAUUAUUGAAAUAUCAAAAGCUGAUGAUCUACGGUUUGCUUCUUCAGGGCGAGAAGACGUUGAUGUUCGUAUGCUGGGAAAAGGGAGGCCCUUCUUCUGUGAGUUGAUUAAUCCUCACCGUGUUCAUCUUCAACCAAGCCAAUUCCGCAAUAUUGAAAAAGCUAUUGCUUCAACAACUAAGGAUGUUGCAGCUAGACAUCUUCAAAUAGUUUCAAAGGACCAAGUUUCACAAAUAAAAGCUGGUGAAGAAGAAAAAGUUAAACUCUACAGCGCUUAUUGUAUAGUCUCUGGAGAUAAAGCCUGUGUAGACUGGGGAAAAUUGGAAUCGUUGCCUCCCAAAUGUCCCAUAGUUCUUCAACAGAAGACACCUAUAAGGGUUUUGCAUCGUAGAAGUCUAGCUACAAGAGAAAGGACAAUUUUUAGACUGGAGGUGUGCAAAACAGAGACCGAGGAAUCUAAGGCUUUCAUUCUGAAAAUGGCUACACAAGCUGGUACAUACAUCAAAGAGUUUGUGCAUGGUGAUUUUGGAAGGACAACACCAAGUCUACGGGAUCUUUUGGGAACGGACGUUGAUAUUCUAGCCUUGGAUGUAUUGGACAUUGAAUUGGACUGGCCACCAGAGGUGAACUACGACGAGGAGAGUGAGAGUGUCACAUAAGCAUGGAAGUUUUGAUUGUCAGAGAAACAGAAGAUUUUAUUUUAAAAUGUCCAAUAUCUCAUUAACGGAAAAUAUAAUAUUUGGUAAUUAAUUAAA